GGGGCCAUCUGAGUAUCUAAUCUAUAUACACAAUUGGAGUGUAUCAUGCACAGAGCACUGGACCUGAAGUCAGGAAUACUCCUCGUUCAGAGUUCAGAUUUGGUCUCAGACACUAAUUGGCGGUAUGGUUCUGGCAAGUCACUUAACCUUAUUUUGGUUGCCUCCGUUUCUCAUUUGAAAAAUGAGCUGGAGAAAGAAACGGCAAACCACUGCAACAUCUCUGCCAGGAAAAUCCCAAAUGGUGCCAUGAAGAGUUAGACCACAUCUGAAUAACAUCAAAUUAUUAUUGUUAUUUUAUUUAUAAUAAUAAUCUCUUAACUGUAGGCUUAACUGUGGACCUCAGUAUAGAAUUGGAGGUUAUAGAAGGGUGACAGGGGAAAUAAAUGGAAGGAAGUGGUCACUGAAUUUGAUAUUUGAAGUCCAGGGAGGAGAGAUAAAUGCUUGGGUCUACAGGACUGCAGAGGCUUCUUCCAUCAACACAUCUCUCCUGGAGGGCAAGGGCUCAAAUCAUUGGGGGUGAGGAAGCCCCAAAGAAGGAAUGGCCAUGGCAGGUGAGCCUGAGGAAGCAGGAAGAUUAUGGGGAAGAAGCAUUAUGGAAGCAUUUCUGCGGUGGUUCGCUUAUUCACCCUGAGUGGGUAUUGACUGCAGCAUCCUGCUUUUUCAAUGAGGAAGAGGAACCUUCCAGCUAUAGGGUCCAACUAAGGGAGCAACAUCUGUAUUAUGAAGACAAUUUGAUGUCCUUAUCCAAGAUUGUGGUCCAUUCCAACUUCACUUUUGAUAAUGAAGGUGCUGACAUUGCCCUGCUAAAACUCACAGAGUCCGUCCAGUUUUCCAAUCAAGCCAGGCCCAUCAAGCUUCCUGCUGCCUCGCAGAACUUCUCCAACACAGAGUGCUGGGUGACUGGCUGGGGUAAUACCGGUUCUGAAGAAGUUCUGUCCCCACCAUUCUCCCUGAAGCAAGUGCAGGUCCCCAUUUUUGACAAUCAUGACUGUGAACAGCUUUACCAUAAGGUUUCUACCAUUGCUGAGUCCACAAGGAUAAUUCCUGAGGAUAUGAUAUGUGCUGGUAAAAAAGGACAUGACAUCUGUGAGAGGGAUACUGGAUCACCUCUUGUGUGUAAAGUUGAAGACUCUUGGCUUCAGGCUGGUGUGGCAAGCUGGGUAGAAAAUUGUGGUGAAAAUUCCAACCGCCCUGGAGUCUACACAAAUAUCUUAAAAUAUUUGGAUUGGAUCCAGAAGAACAUUCAGGGAACUUUGGGCUCAAUUUCUCCUCACUCCCUUCCUAAUCCUGGACUCUGAAUCUAUUGUAAAGCCAAACAAAACCCUUUCCAUAUUUCCCUGUUCUUCCUGACCCAUGCUACAUCCUAAAACCUUGGCUGGGAGUUAGAAACCUGAGUUCUAGUUCUUUGCCAUGAUGUAGGUUCCAUGUAUGACCUGAAGAAAAUUCCUUCUUUGGUGUGAUCCCCAUUUUCCUCCUCUGUAAACCAAAUUGUGGGAGGUUUUGGAUCUGACAUUAUAUGAUUUAGUGAGCCUAUUCAACUUGGACAUUGGGGAAUCUUAUUUUUGCAAGGGAGUGAUUUGGAGGACAAGAAAAAAGACGGGGAAGUUGGUUGGUCUACAUGGCAUUAUGUAUAUCUCAUUAAACUGUCUGCAAAAUCUU